AUGGCCCAAGAAAGUAAUACAAAUCUGCCAGUGGCAGAUGUUCUACUUAACAAGGGAGUUGAGUCGUUAUCACUAGAUGGCCAAGAAAUAGUUUCUGCAAAUCAGCAAUUAGUUGGUGAUGAGUCGGAUGAGUUGGAAUACUUUUCUAGCUCGGACUCGGAGUUUGAAUCUCAGGAGGAGGACUCUUCGCCAUAUUAUAUGGAUCUAAGCGAUAUUUUAAGGACAGAAAUUGAGAAUGGUGAAUAUACUUGUCUUAUUUGUACGGGUGAGAUUGAUUCCAGCUCUCAUAUCUGGAGUUGUGAAGUUUGCUACAGAGUCUAUGAUCUAGAAUGUAUUAAAAGUUGGUGUCAACGAGGAAUCAAAGAGACAGCUGGCAAAGGACAAGCUGGCAGCUGGAAAUGUCCUUCCUGCAAUUCCGUCAAAACUGAAGUUAUUAAAGAAUAUAGAUGCUGGUGCUCUAAGCUGGUUAAUCCACCUCAAGAUGGACUCUCUCCACAUAGUUGUGGUCAGACAUGUAAUGCUCCACUGACAGGGUGUGUUCAUGGUUGCGGCUCUAUUUGUCAUCCCGGCCCUCAUUCAGAAUGCAUGGCUAUAGGACCAAGUAUAAACUGCUUCUGUGCCAAGUAUUCAAAACAAUGGCCCUGCAUUAUUACACCUUACCAGGGCUGGCAGUGUGAGGAUAUUUGUAAUGAAAUGCUCCCAUGUGGAGAGCAUCGUUGCAGACAGGUCUGUCAUAAUGGAUUAUGCGGUAAAUGUCCUGAGCUGGUUAAUGCCAAAUGUUAUUGUGGUAAUACAGACGAGUCAAUCCCAUGCUCUGAUAAGAGAGCUAGUUGGAGCGAAGUCAAACUUGUGGACGGUGAGAUCAAGAGAUGGAUGGGUUAUUUCUCUUGCAGUAAAAUAUGCGAUGAAGUUUAUGAUUGUGGAGUUCAUAGAUGUUCCAAAAAAUGCCACACACGAGAUAAAGACGAUCACUUGUGUCCCAUGUCUCCUCGAACGGACGAGAUGUGUCCCUGUGGGAAAACAUUGGUUGUAGAUUUGCUGAAUGGUAGACCACGAUCCUCAUGUGAGGAGCCCAAACCUAAGUGUAGCAAAAUUUGCCAGAAGUCACUCUCGUGCGGACAUCAAUGUUCAGCAGAGUGUCAUGAUGGCGAAUGCCCUCCUUGUAGAAAGUUUCAAUCUGUCAAGUGUGCUUGUACUUCACAGGCAUUCGAUGUCCCUUGCUCUUUUGUCACAGCUGGGAAUGUUGCCCGAUGCAGAAAGAAGUGUACCGCUCUCAAAGAUUGUCGUAGACAUCGAUGUAACGUCAUUUGUUGCGAACAUGAGAAGGCAGCACUGGAAAGAGAGAGGCAACGGAAACGGCAAUUCAGAUCAAGGCCUGGAGCUGGCAGUACAGACAACUCACCAAUAGAACAAGUGCAUAGAUGCGAUGAGGUUUGUAACCUUUUGCUAAACUGUGCCAAGCACCGCUGCGUAAUGACCUGUCACAAUGGACCGUGUCAUCCAUGUCUUGAAUCGUCGUUAGAUGAUUACGUAUGUCCUUGUGGCCGUACUCUAGUUAGAGCACCGAUAAGAUGUGGUUCAAUGAUACCCAAAUGCAAAUAUCAGUGCACUCGCGAUCCCGAGUGCGGACACCCUCGAGUAGAGCAUGAAUGUCACAGCAGCGAGCAACAAUGCCCUAAAUGUCCUUAUCUCGUUGAAAGGCUGUGUGUUUGUGAAAAGUCAGUUAUUAAAGGUGUCCAGUGUCAUCGUCAAACAGCUUCGUGUGGCAAGGCUUGUGGUAAUCCAUUACCAGGGUGUGGGCACCCAUGCACCAAAGUUUGUCAUAGCCAAGGUCAGUGUUUGACCAAGUGUACUAGUGCUUGUGGCAAGCUUCUACCUUGUGGUCAUAUUCAUAAAGCCAGUUGCCAUUUUCAAAGAGAAUCGGCAUGUAACAAAUCUGAUUGUAUGGAAGUCGUCAUCGACAAAUGUACGUGUGGCAACCUCACUCGCCAGCGGAAAUGUACCGGUCAAUCCCUUGAAGAAAUCACUGCUAAUCCUUCACCAUCUAUUGGUCCCAUUAAAUGUGACGAGUCGUGUGCAAUUGUGGAACGAAACAAAAAAAUGGCCGAGGCCCUUGGUUUGGACUACCAAGCAAAGCUGGCAUCCUCGGCUCAGCAUAAAUACAAUGAUGACCUUCUUGACUUAUACUACGUGGACCCGGAUUGGAGUGAUACAAUUGAAGCAAAUCUUACUGAGUUUCUAGCCAUGCAACCACCAACUAAAGAACUGCGUCUGCCUCCUAUGAAUCCUCAACGACGCAUGUUUGUUCAUUUGUUAUGUGAAGAGUUCCAACUCCAAAGCCAUUCUAUUGAUUCGGGUCAAAACCGUAGCGUUGUUGUUCUUCGAACUCACAACGCCAUUACUCCAGCCGCCCCCCUGAGGAAAUAUUACCAUCCUAACUCCAUUAGAUGGGAUUAG